AUGUCAAACAUUAGCAACAAUGCGUCAUUGACUAAUAACAAGGGAUCGGAUCUACUAGUUACUUAUUAUCCAUUUACUCUUAUUAUUGUUGGCACUCCAUUCAAUUUUUUCACAUUUACUAUUCUUUGUCGAUCAACUUUUCGAGAUACAAAUAAAAGACCAACGAUUCAUUAUAUGCGAACAAUGGCUAUCUUUGAUAUUCUCAUGUUAUAUGGAUGGAAUUUAGAUCAUUAUCUUGAUGGAGCAUAUGGAUUUAUGCUUCAAACUUAUUCAAUACCUUUUUGCAAGUUUUGUUCAUUUUUAAAUUACUUCGCAUCACAAGUUUCAGCAUGGUUACGUGUCUUCAUUUGUCUUGAUCGAUAUUUAUCAUUAAGUCGUCUUCAUAAAACAUGGUUUAGUCAAUCACGAAAUGUUCUUAUUAUUAUUAUAUCCAUCAUUAUAGUAUUCACUAUUAUUAAUUUUCACUUCUUUUUAUUUGCUUGCUAUUAUGAUAAAGAUGGUACAGUCAAUCCGCAGGCUAGUCUAUAUAACAUAUAUCCAUUAUGGGAUUCUAUAAAUUUAGGUCUUUACAAUUGUGUACCAUUUGCUUUUAUGGUUCUGUUCAAUAGUGGUGUAAUUUAUCAUUUAAUUCGUCUUCAUCAAACAAGUAUAAUUCAAAACUCUCGAAUUCAACAUCGAUCUAUAUCGGUGACAUUAGUUAUCACCACAUUUCUCUUUUUAAUAAUGACUACACCAGCUACAAUAUGUUUUGCAUUCUUUAUUGAUAUUACCGGUUAUGUUCUUCUGCAUUUGUUUGAUUCUAUACUUUACACAUAUUAUGUGCUGUCGUUUUUACUAUAUUUAAUUACAUAUAAAGAAUUUAGACAAGAAAUUAUAAAAUUAGUAACAUGCAUUAAACGGCACAUUACUCAACCAUCAUCAGUCACUACAAAAUCUACGACUGGUCAAGCAUAA